GAAGAGGAAGAAGAGGAAGAAGAGGAAGAAGAGAAACACGAAGAAGAGGAAGUUUGGGCAACCCUUGUUGCCGAUGACAGUUAUGAAAUUUCCCAACCCUACCCAUACAAAAUCCGCAACAAGGAGACAGGCAAGGUUCUUACCCCAGUCCUCAACAACUUGGGACACUUGACCCUUACCCUUCGAAAUUACGGUACAAUUUCCAUGGGAAGGCUUGUCGGUAUGCAAUGGGUUCCAAAUCCAACAAGAAGACGAAGGUCAGACACAUUGACGGUGACAAGCUCAACAACCGUAAGGAGAACCUCGAGUGGUUCUAA